UCAAAUGUGUUGAAUUUAUGAUCGAAAAAAUCAUCAAGUUUGAGCGUAAAAUAAUGGCAAAUAUAGUGUAAAUGCUAUUAACAUAAAAAUACAAGUUAGAGACGCCAUAUUCAUCAUCAUAAAAUCAUCUAAUGGAAUAUCUAAAGUACUGCAGUGGUUGGCAUAAAAAGCAACCAUGGAGGCAUAAACAUGGAUCUGAUGAGCUCCAUCGCUGGAGGAUACCCCAAAGUCGUCGGGUUGGAGGAGACUGUCGCCGGAGGAUACUCGAAAUGCGCAGGAUUGGAGGAUGUCACGGGGCCCGUGGUGCGGAUGGUGAACCCCGCACACGCCUCUGGGGAGCCACCUCCGGGAAGCCACCGGUGUCGUGCCUUCGGAUUAGGGAGCCGCUGUCGUUGUGCCUCCGGGUCGAGGAACCGACAUCGCGCCACCGGAUCUGCGAGCCACAGUCGCUGCACCACCAGAUCGGAGAGCCGGUAUCGCCAUGCCUUCGGAUCGGAGAGCUACCACCGUCGUGCCUCUGGAUCAAGGAAUUGUCGUCGCCGCCACGCAUGGUGCCGCCGUCGCACGCAUCCCGGGGUCCACCGCCAUCGCGCACUGUCACACCCAGAUUUAAGGGGCAAACCCAGAUUUAAGAUCAACACAUAUAAUGACUCAGUGUAUAGAGACAAAUGUCACCAACUUUAUUACAUAACAAAAAUGUCUUAA